ACAGGGUUUGUAGCAGACAAAGGUCUCGCCACAUCCACAAGUUCACAUCACUCAAGUGACAACAUCCACCAGAACAGCAUCGAGGACGAGAAUGGGGAAGUUGGACGGAAGGGGCAUGUGGAACUCCUUACUUCUGCUCUCGACUCUCUUUGCCACCUGCUACAGUCAGAACAUUCCAGUCAUUAAAACAUCUUUAGUGACUCUGUCUGAGGAACUAUCUCCAGGAGAUUUUGCAUUCAAAAUCGAGGCAUAUGAUCUAGACAAUGACCCUCUGACCUAUGCAAUCACAGAGGACAACGGUAUUUUCUCUGUAAACGCAAAUACCGGUGACGUCUACCUCAGAACUAAACUCGACCGAGAGACCAACCAGCUCUUUACUGUACUAGCUUCUGUUUCAGAUGGGAUACUUGAACCGACCAAAAGGCGUAUUAACAUCGUUGUGAAUGACACAAAUGACAACAAGCCAACGUUCAUAAAUGGGCCGUACAACAUAAACAUUCCAGAGAACACCGCUGUGGGCACUACAGUGUUUGUUGUGACAGCCACAGAUCCUGAUGAUGGACCAGCCGGGACGGUCUCAUACAAAUUCGAUAAGUCCAUCCCGGUUGAAGGACUCAGUGUGUUCUCCAUCUCAAGAAAAGGAGAUGUUGUGUUGGACAAGGCGCUUAAUUUCACAGAGAAGAGCCCGUUUUAUCAGUUACAGAUCAAUGCGACGGAUGGCGGAGGACCAUAUUCGGGCAAUCCCAACUUUGUUCAGUGGGCUGUCGCAACUGCCUUCAUUACAGUAGUUGAUAUACCAGAUCUCAAUCCUCAGUUCUUAAAUCUCCCAAACACAGCUAGAGUGAUGGAGCACUCAAGUGUGGGGACGUCCGUGUUUACGGUCGUGGCCAGAGAUCCAGACACGGGGAUCAAUGACAUCAUCAGUUAUACCAUUGAAGACAGCAGUGUAAACGGUCUGUUCCAAAUCGAGUCGGAUACUGGCAUUGUUAGGGUCAUGAGCGACAUUGACCGCGAGGCCUUAAUGGACAUUGAAGCUAUUGUGAAGCUCACUGUGAAGGCCACCGAAGCUAAUCUGAACGUGAACGGCAUUCACGCGAGCACCACAUCGACGCUCAGUAUCCAAAUCGACGAUUUGAACGACAAGCCGCCGCUAUUUUACAAGUGCGAAGGAGACGUAGAAGUGUGCAUAGAGACAAGAGACUUCAGCGGUGAAGUGGAUGAGCAUGCAUCCGUCGGUCUGUCCAUCACAGGGUUAAACAUGAGGGUCAAAGAUGCAGAUGCGGGCGAGAACAGCCGUUUCCAGCUCCACCUCGAAGGAACAGAUAAAGACGCCUUUUCUGUCUCACCCAAAAACGACAUGUCAGACCGAGUCGUGCAGAUCCUGAUCAAAGACCCAGCCGCCAUUGACUACGAGAAAAAACAAACCAUGAUUGUGCAAGUGGUGGCCACAGAUGUCGGAGAACCUAAAUUUGUGUCUACAGCUACUGUCACCAUUAAAAUCAAGGACAUCAAUGAUAACAUCCCAAAAUUUGUAAAAGACACUUAUGAAUUAACAGUUCCAGAAAACUGUGAAAAUGGAACCAUCUUGGAAACCAUUACGGCGACAGAUGAAGACGCACUGGACAACAACAAGCUCACCUACACACUGCUCCCUGAUAACAUACUGCUUUUAUUUAAUGUCUACACAACCAACGGGAGCAUUUACGUGAAAAACGGAAAAGAGCUGGACCGUGAGCGCAGGAACUUGUACUUUGCAACUCUGCAGGCCAAAGACUCAGUGGGGAAUGUGGGCACCACUGUUCUGGAGAUCACCGUUGAUGAUGUUAAUGACCAGACACCACAGUUUCUCCAAAAUCCAUAUCAGGUCUUCAUUCGUGAGAACAACGUGCUGAACACUUAUGUCGAGGCUCAAGAUAACGACGAGCCAGGCACUCCCAACAGCGCAAUCAAGUACGGCAUUGAGCCCGGGGAAUACAGUAGCAACUUCACUAUCAAUAAGGAUACAGGGGAGCUAACCAGCAAAGGGGCUCUGGACCGUGAAGCCAUCGAUGUCAAGCUGAAAGGAGUGAUCACACUCAACAUAACAGCCACAGACAUGGGCAUACCAGCUCUGUCCUCUUGGGUCAAAUUCAUCAUCAACGUCGACGAUGAAAAUGACAACUCACCUGUGUUCCUAAAAUCAGAAUACACCUUUAGUGUGAACGAAAGUUUAACAGGCGCCUUCGUGGGUUUUGUGUACGCAACCGACGCUGAUCAAACCGAAUACAACAACCGCAUAUCUUUCCGCAUUAUAAGUGGCAGCGGAGGCACCUUCCUGUGCGUGUCAGAGCCUGAUGGUGCAGACUACCGAGGGAAGAUCAUGGUGGAUCCAGAUGUAGCGCUGGACUAUGAGAGUGAAAACAAGAAGUACACGCUGACAGUCGAGGCCACAGAUCUGAACAACAAUGCUGCUACCUGCAUGGUGGAUGUAGUGGUGGAAGAUGUAAACGACACGCCGCCUAGUUUCCCUAGCGGGAUAACGUUUCGUGUGGAGGAGAAUACAGUGGCAGGGACGGAAAUCGGUAAAAUUGUCGCUAGCGACCUGGACACUCACCACUUUCUGGUCUACGAGCUUGUUUCUUUCACAUGCCUCAUCAACCUCACAUGGGUUCCGUGUAAAGAGCAAUGGUUUGAUCUGAAGAGCAACGGGGCCGUGAUGACUGCAGAGGGCAUAACGAUCGACUACGAGGAGUGCCCUCAGGUAAAAAUGACCGCUCGGGUGGUGGACCUUUACACAGAGAAGGGCAGAAAUGGCACAGAAGGUGUUGUCCUGAUUGAUAUUAUUGAUGUGAAUGACAACGUACCCGAAUUCAUUCCAGUCCAGGAAUUUUUUGUACUGAUCUCUGAAAACAUUGAUCAAGACAAGAGUGUGGCCCGGGUUUAUGCCAAGGACAGAGAUUCUGGAGACAAUAAGAAGAUUGAAUUUAAGGUCACUUUAGUGCAGUUCGCCAGCAACAAUCCGGAAGACAAGCCUCAGCCGACAAACCUCAUUUUUUACGCUGAAACCGAGCAACCGGACGUUGAUGGCAACUACAAAGGGAUUAUCAAGUCCACUAAUAUCCUGGAAGCCGACAAACAGGGGAAGUACCUGGUGACGGUGACGGCAAACAACGGCAUUCUGAGUACAAACGAGAUACUGGAGCUUGUCACAGUGGACAAGACGUACAAAGUCGGCCUCCGAUUUGAUUCGUCCGUAUUCGAAGUCAACGAAAACCUGCCUUACAUCAGAGGGGCCUUGUCCGGUGCCACAAAAGCAAUGGUGCAUAUUGUUAAAGUGUCACCCGCUUCAAAUGACGCCACACGGAAAGUCAUGACCCUUCUAGAGGCAUACUUUGUGUACCUGAACGGGACGGCGCUCGACUCGGAUGACGUGGGGAAGAUCCUGAACUCUCAGGAAGUGUAUGAAGAGUAUGGCGUCGUCUUGCAGCAGUACGGUCUCACCAGCAUUUUGGCCAGCACAGAGAAGCCACAAGAAAACAACACGGUGUUGUUCAUCAUGUUGGGACUCGUGGCAGGGCUGGUGAUCGUCCUGGUUGUCACCACGACAUCGAUGGUGUGCAUUAGGAAAAAGUACAAGACUAAGUUGAAGGCAGCUAAGGCCAUGAACACGGCAACCAUGGAAGCUACUGAGUACCAGAAGGACGGACCUGUUGUUCCUGGAACCAACAAGUACACAAGAGAAGGGGCAAACCCGGUCCUCAACCUGAACAUCGAUGCUUCCACAGACCUGGGAUUUGAUGAGGAGGCAUCCAGUGCAGAAAGAGAUAGCCUCAAUUCUCUGGACUACAACAUGGAUAUGACUAUGACUGACAAGGACACCAUGGCUUUGAAGAGCAUUAAUGAAGAUGAGGAAUAUGGUGACAACUCUUCCUACAUCGAGCCUCUGGGUGCAGCAUUGGCUCAGAGAGGGAGGAAGAAAGUCUCACAGGGUGUCGAUCUCACUUUCGACAACCCGUCACUCGACAUGACAGACCUGUAACACAGCUUCACUGUACUCCGAGCUGAAACUGGACGCUCCACCACUCCGUUCUCGGCCCAAAACGUCAAUACUGUCAGCGAAAUUUUGCACAAGCGGCUCCUGUGGGUUCACAUGCUAGCUUCUUAUGUUCUCAAAGCAAAUUUCAGCAAAUGCCAUCACAACAAAAAGCAUCAAUUCAUGUGAACGUCAAUGCAUUUUGUUUCGAAAUAAAAAAUUGUCUGAUUGGGUGCAUACUCUCUUUAUAUUGGAACAUUAUCUUAACAUUUUACUUAAUACUGAAUCGUAGAAUUCAAAUAAUCUUAAAAAUCCACAGUGCUGCGAUGCUACAUGUGCAGUAGAAGAGAAAAAAGAGAAAUGAUCAUUUCUCCUUCCCCUUUUACAUUUGCACUGUAAAUCACUUUAUCAUAUUUUUUUAAUUAUAAUUAUACUUGUCUACAUCUUUCCUGUAAUCUUGUAUGACGUUUAAGAUUUUAAUCCUUAUUGGAAAUAAAUAUUUAUACCACUGUGCUGCUGAAUUCUCAAAUCUCUCAAAUUAAAGAUGUUUAAUUGGUUAGAAAUUUAAUGAGCAAUAUUUUGUACGUUUAUCAGAGAAGAUUAUUUUUCUAAUGACUUGUUUUUUUUGACUUAUUGAGAGAGAGAGAGAGAGAGAGAGAGAGAGAGAGAAGAGGAGAUAUUAAGAAUGACUUUAUAUUGUUUAUUGCUUUAUUGACUGUUUAUAGCUGCUAUAACAUUAUAACUAUUUCAUGGACUUUCCCAACCCGUAAUACAGAACUAUUAAUGUUUGAAUGUCUGACUUGCAUUUUUUUGACCUAAAAAAAUUGUAUUUGCUGUGAUAAAAUAGAAAUGAAACAUCUUGUGGUUUGUUGUUGUUAGAAAAUGAUCAAUGUGAGCAUGGUAACAUUAACUCUAUUGCAUGUGGUGUUUUAUUUCCUCAGGCAAUACAGAUCACUAUGUAUGUAUGUUUUGGGGGAAGUCGUAGCCUAAUGGUUAGAGAGUCUGACUCCUAACUCUAAGGUUGUGGGUUUGAGUCUCGGGCCGGCCACGACUGAGGUGCCCUUGAGAAAGGCACCGAUCCCCCUGUGCUCCCUGGGCACCACAGCAUAAAUGGCUGCCCACUGCUCCGGGUGUGUGUUCAUGGUGCGUGUGUGUGUGUGUGUUCACUGCUGUGUGUGUGUGUUCACUUUGGAUGGGUUAAAUGCAGACAAAUUCUGAGUAUGGGUCACCGUACUAAGCUGUAUGUCACGCCACUGUCACUUAGACAAUGAAGUGAAAUCAUGUAAAAACACAUGUUUUUAAACUCACAUUUAUCAUUAGUGCAAAGCACAUGUGCCUUGUACCAGUGGGCUCGGGGUUCGAGGUGUGUGCAUGUGUGCUUAUCUCUAUACUUCAGUGCAUACUUCACCCGUGCUUACAGUUAACUCUGCACCCUGGUUUUCUAAAAAACUGUUUUAAACAAACAUUGUGCUUAUUCCAAAAUUCUAUAUAAGUAUUUAAGUUUUUAAUUGAAAAUGACUAUUAACAACAAGGUUGAGAUCUUAUUUACUCAAAUAAACCUUUCUGUAGAAUUAACAAA